AUGUCUGAUGCUGAUGACGUUACAAUGAUCGAGGACACAGAGAAUUUGGAUCUCGAGUGGCAUUGCACAGACAAUGGUCCUUCAGAAAGAAAACGUUCUUGGCACUGGCUCCGUGAGGUCACUGCCCAAGACGCCGAUAAUGGAAUGGAUGUGCAAGGAAUUACCUGGGACGCCUUUAAUGUAACGCGUCAAAGAUAUCGCGAACUUCGCCUUUUAGAUUAUAAGAACUACGAAAAUGUCCCGAGAUCACAUGAUGAAUUAAAGAAGGAAAUUAAAUCAGUUCGAACCGACGCACGAUUUUACAAAUUUAAAUAUACCACCUUAUCACACAGAUGCUCUAUUGUUCAUUUUCAAUUGCGAAAUUUGCUUUGGGCAACUGGAAGAAAUGAUGUAUUCUACACACAUUCAUUUCGUAUUGGUCAUUGGAAUUCGAUAAUGAAAAAAUCAAAAGUUGCAUUAGAUCUGAACAAUAACAAUCGUAGUGCUGAAACACUAUUUGAAAUUAGCACAAUUGCCUGCAAAGACAAUUAUCUUCUUGUUGGAGGAUUAUAUGGUGAAUAUGCAUGCAGACGUCUUGAUGCAGAACCAGUUCAAUAUGGAACUAUAACUAAUGAUACAAAUGGAAUAACAAAUCACAUGGAUAUCAUUGAAUCACGAACCGGAAGUAUUGUUGCAGUGAUAUCUAGCAAUGACAAAAAAUCGAGAAUUAUGGAUCUUGCGACAACGAGAUUUAUAGAUACUUAUGAUUUUGAAUGGGCUGUUAAUUGUACUUCCGUUAAUCCGAACAAAGAUUUACUGUGUGUUGUUGGAGAUAAUACGGAUACGGUGGUUGUAAAUGCAGAUACGAAAAAGACUGUAGCAACUUUAAAAGGGCAUUUUGAUUAUUCUUUUGCUUGUUGCUGGAGUCCCGAUGGAAAAAUUAUUGCAACAGGGAAUCAAGAUAAAACUACUAGGCUAUAUGAUAUACGAAAUAUGUCUAAGGCUUUCAAUGUGUUGGGUGCUAAAAUUGGUGCUGUAAGAUCCCUUCACUUUUCUGAAGACGGACAUUAUUUGGCUAUGGCAGAACCUGCUGAUUUCGUUCACAUAUUUGAUGCACAUACAUUUGAACAAUCUCAAGUUAUUGAUUUAUUUGGCGAAAUCGCUGGUGUAACAUUUACCCCUGAUACGGACGGUUUAUACAUAGCAAAUGCUGAUGAAAAUUAUGGAUGUAUUUUGGAAUAUGAAAAAAGUCCCUCAAUUAAUGAUAUUGAAAAUAUUUUCCUAUAA